AUGAGGACGACACGUGGUCGCACAAGUCGCACCCAGCUGUACUAUCCACUCGAAGAACCGCAACUACGGCUGAUUCGAAUUGUACCCCAGCCCGAAGGCUCAACGAUUCGAUGUCGCCUGAGCACAGUGUCCUUGUUGGACGUGUCUGAUGAGUUCAACAGCAGGUGUAUGAAGUGGACUACAGAUGGGGAACGCUGCAAAUUGAGCGUUCGCGAAUCCCUUCGCGACCCCGCUCUGCGCAAAGACUGGACAGCGCGUUCGACAGUUGCGCGUCUCGCACCUAUGAUCCGCAUCGCAAGUCAACACCCAUACGCUGAGCUCCAUCGUUUCGUCUGGGGCGAUUUUGCAAGCCUGAGUUACGUAUGGGGUGACCAAGCUGACAAACAGACCAUAUAUGUCGACAACCAGCCUGUUCAGGUCACCAAAAGCCUCGAGCGCGCUCUACAGGAAUUUCGUCGGGAGGGCUUGUUCUCUGAUAAGUUCAUGCUCUGGGUGGAUGCACUGUGCAUCAACCAAGACGACCUUCUAGAGCGCGCAGUUGAGGUACAGCGCAUGAAGGAUAUUUACAGUGCUUCGUGGAGCGUCGUCGCGUGGUUAGGAGAGGCAACGGCGAAUAGUGGUGCGGGCCUACAGCUCGUUAAAGAUUUGGCAGCUUUCAGAGAAGCCGGGUGUGAGCUUGAGCUGGAACGCAGGUUGCGUGACGAUCCGAGGUUCUUGGGUGGUACUUGCUGGUUAGGACUCCAACAGAUCGUGAAUCGCGAGUACUGGAGCAGGCUCUGGAUCAUACAAGAGAUAGUCAUGGGCGGUACAAAUGUCCGAUUAAGGUGUGGCGCGUCCACGAUUGACUGGCCAACAUUUUGCGCAGGAAUUGCAACACUGCAGGAACGUCUUUGGCUCGUCAAAGAUCGGUGCCUCUGGGAAGAUGUAGUCUCUCAAAAGCUUCCCUGGUCUACCAGAAGCUUGCACCUGAUCUAUCAGGACCUAUCAAUCAUGAGUGCGACACCCAUUGCACAAGAUCCUAAGCUUGUGUUCGCACGACUGCUCGACCUUGCCAAUGCGACACAGUGCAUUGAUGAUAGAGACAAAGUGUAUGCACUCCUCGGCCUGGUGCCAGAUCAGGUUGCACGGUUGAUACAACCAGACUACAAUGCAACAUCAGCGACAGUGUACACAAACACAGCUCGUGCUUUCAUUGAUGGUUUCAAUGAUCUUGAGCCUCUUCGUGAAGGUAAUCCCUGGGGUCCAACUGGGUGCCCUUCGUGGGUUGCUGACUGGAAGUGGGACUCGCGCGUACGACAUAGCCGGGUGGAACAACUUCUCUGGGGUCCAACAUACUUGUUUCCAAACUUGGAAGGCCCGGAGACGUUCGGAACAUAUACAGCCAGCGGUAAAUCAUCCCCCCAGCUGAGUUUUAGCAACGACGGCCUACAGUUGCAUUGUCAAGGUUUCAUUGUUGACACUAUCUCUGGACUGUCUGCUGCUGAGAAGGGCUACUUUGAAUGGUAUCCAGAGAGUAUUGUACAGCCGCGAGACUGGCGCAGCGCGUACGGUGGCUUCGAAGAAACUUCCGAUGCCAUCAUGCGCACUCUAGUCUCCGAUAGAGUUCGGCAUGGCCAUGCGCCCGACUCACGGCACCGCGCGAUCUUCCAUCUUCCAGCCACGUUCGAUGUUGGUCGGCCGCAGUUCCGGCAAAGAGGCUGGAGCUGGCUCUCGGGACAAGCAGGGUACUACUUUCGAUGGGAAGGUUUCCGUGAAGCGAUCGACAAGUUUCAACUCGGUGAAUGGUGCUUCGGUGAUUUUUUUGACGAUGACAUUCCGUACGGUGCGUCGGAGUACGACUACACGGAGGUCUAUGCCUGCGCUGAGCGUAGUGGAAAACGACGCAGGUUCAUGACGACUGCUGGCGGGUUGAUGGGUUGGGCCCCCAGCGAUAUGUACCAAAGUACAAAACAUCAUGUUGAGGUUGGAGAUCAGAUAGCCAUCGUGUUGGGUUGCAGCACGCCGCUUGCUGUCAGACCAAUUGGCGAUGCUUUCCAGGUGCUUGGCGAAGCAUUUGUACAAGGCCUAAUGGACGGCCAGGCGAUAGAACGACUUCGAGCCGGCACAUUCAAAAUCCAGACUCUGAGGUUCAAGUAG